AUGAAUACGCGAUGCGGUGAUGGUUACCUCGCUGAGACCCAACGCGACAUGCACGGGAUUGGGGCACGUGCUGCGCCUCGUUACACAAGACCCCGCGGUUCGUGUGUAACGAAGACAGACGCGCAGGUGGCUGGCGACAUUACGUGCGUUCCCUCCGAGCGGGCUCUGAUUAAAAUAGCGUCGGGCAAACGAGGACGUACGGCGGUC